AUGGUGUGCUUGGAUGUGUGCCCGCCCGAGGGAUACUACAUGGAACUCAUCGCAGGGGACUCGGUCGUGUUGGAGGUCCCGACGUGUCCGACCAGCACCUGUCGGCGCCUGACCAACCGCGGCAUCUGGUGCCCCCUCAUCGACGUCUCGACCCAACGGUCCCCACUUUCGUCGGCCUUGGAGAAUCAAAUUGCCCUUGUGCGGUUUACACCGGCGGAUCUAGCCAUGAAACCUGCGCUUCUCCGUCAAGACAAUGUUGUCGACUGCAUCACGUCCUCCCUGGCACAGAAAGUCAUGGCGUUACAAGACGCCGGGGCCGUGGCCGUCGUCGUCGGGUUCGAUAUCCUUGACACCGCUCCGUUCGUGGUUGAAUUGCCAGUGGACGAAGGGCUGUACAUUCCCGUGUUGCUGUUGGACAUGCCCCGAUACCACCAAGUGCAAUCUGCCGUGGCGUCUCUCAACGGGCCUCUACAUAUGGAAGCGCGACUCUUCCACCGCGGCGACAACACCCCCCGGCUCAUCCGCGCGGCGCUGCAGCAUGGCGCCAUCGGCGUACUGCUGCACCAACGAGCUCCGACCGGCCCCGUGUCGGCGUAUGAAGGCGACGUGUCGACAGGGGACGCAUGCAUUUACCCGCAUCCGUUCGACACAGACGACGCGCCCGUGGUCGGGAUGGUUUCCCAUCAGCACGGCCACGUACUGCGCCUCGCCACCCAUCUCGACGAGACCAACCACAUGGUCGUCACAGCUCGAUUCCAUGUGAAAGAUCGAGGUCAGUUUUAUGCGUGGGGGUGUGCGGCCAAUGGUCGCCUUGGAUGCACGACGCAGCUCACGGACGGGUACGACGCGCGCACGGACACGGCGUACCAGUGUGCGACACUGCCCGUGGUGGUUCCAGCGCUGUGCGGCCGCGACAUCGCCGACGUCGUCUGCGGAUCGGCGCACUCGAUGGCGCGAACGACAAGCGGCCGCGUGUUCACGUGGGGACGCGGCAGUGCCGGUCAGCUGGGCCACCGCGACACCCAGGACAAGGCCGUGCCGACGCUAGUGACCCGCCUCGGCUACGAAGUGGUGGUGGAGAUGGCGGCCAACGACAUAUGCUCGACGGUGGUGUGUGAGAGCCUGCCCACGGACCGAUACGACCAGCGGCGCAAGGAGAUUCUGUUGCUCAAAGCGGCCAAAAUGAACGGAUACGAUUAGUUUUGACAAGUUACAAAACCUCUCAAAUAUUAUUUGACGUCUUU